AUGAAGGAAACGAUACUGAGGAGAAGAACAUUUUUACAUGAUGCAAUAGACAUGGUGAGUAUGGGAAGCCACACGCUUGAGAACGAUGACUUCACAAGAUGCUUCCAGCCAACAUCUGCAAUGGAAAUGGAUUCGAGUGGGAUAUUUUAUACAUUCUCUUUUGUAAUAAGAUACUUUGUUUUGUUUCCAAUAAGAAUGGCGUUUCUUGCCAUAUGCAUGUUAAUUUUUCUAUUGAUGAUACUCCGAGCAGUACUUACCAAAAAGAGUGAGCAUUUGGAAAAUGCGCUGAUGUUUGGAGCCAAAUCUCUGAUGCUUGCGAUGAAUGCAAGAGUAAACCAUAUCGGGGAAAAAAAGAGACAUGACGGGCCUCAUGUAUAUGUUUCAAACCACACAUCGUUUGUAGACUUCUUUCUUCUCAGUAGUCACGAGUUUCCUCAUGCCUGUGUUUCAGAAAGGCAUGGUGGGUUGUUUGGGCUCUUGUUUAAAUCGAUUCUGAUAAGAAAUGGCUCUAUUGCAUUCAAAAGAAGCGAGAAGGUCGAUAGACAGCUUGUUGUGGAGAAGGUCAAGGAACAUGUGCGUUCCGGUGGAGCACCCAUGGUGAUUUUUCCGGAAGGAACAUGUGUAAAUAACAAAUUUUCUGUGCUUUUUCAGAAGGGCGCUUUUGAGCUUGGAGUAACAAUAUACCCGGUAGCUAUAAGAUUUCGAAGGAGACUGUUUGAUCCCUAUUGGAAUAGAAGAAGUCAUGGGUUUGCAAUGCAUGUAUUCUAUCUUAUGACUAGAUGGAGACUUGAGGCGGAGGUUGUAUGGAUGAAGCCCGUCUCCAUAAUGAAGGAUGAAUCCCCUACUCAGUUUUCUCACAGGGUCAAAACUAUGAUAUCUAAAGAAGCUGGGCUGAAAAAUACAUUAUGGAACGGGUUUCUCAAGAGUAGUCCUGCUAUCAAAGACAGAGAGAUCCUAAGAGAAUCUUAUUUAAUAACGUAUGAAAGGGUUGUAUCAAACACACUGGACAGGAUCAAUUCUCUUGACAUCGAGCAAAAUAGAUUCUAUUUGUAUGAUAGCAGCAUUGACUUUUCAUCAUUAAGAAGCCAUUCCUACUUUGAAUCCAUGAUACCCUACAAGAAGUUUUUAAAUGAAGUUUUGAAGGAGUAUUUAAGGCUCAAGGAGCUUCCUCAAAAAGAAUUAAAGUUCUUACUGGCCAAUCACAAAAGGGAGGAAGGUUCUCUUAGGGACUCCAAAAUGGAAACGUUUUGCAGCUGCAAGCCUAGGAAAAAUCAAAAAAUAAAUAGCCUAAGAAGAAGAGGCAAUCCACUUAUGUCUUGUAAGUACGAAAGCUGUACAAGCCAUGGCCUAGGAUAG